AUGACCUUCGUGGAGCUUCUGGCCCGCCUGGGCGGGAUGGGCCGCUUCCAGGUGACCUACGUGGCCGCCCUGGCCAUUCCGCUGCUCAUGCUGGCCAGCCACAACCUUCUGCAGAACUUCACCGCCGGCGUCCCCGAGCACCACUGCCGGCCUCAGCCCACGGCCAAUGACAGCGCCGGGGAUGUCCCACUCCUCGUCUCCAUCCCCUCUGACGGCCACCACCGUCCCCAGCGCUGCCGCCGCUACGUGGAACCCCAGUGGCACCUCUUGGAGGUCAACGGCACGGUCAACGGCACGGCCAACGGGGCGGCCACCGAGCCUUGCCGUGAUGGCUGGACCUACCACGACGGCGUCUUCGCUCACACCAUCGUUACCGAGUGGGACCUGGUGUGCGAGUCCAAGAGGUUGAGGCAGGUGGCCCAAUCCAUCUACAUGGCCGGGAUCCUCCUGGGCUCCGGCCUCUUCGGGGUCCUCUCCGACAAGUACGGGCGCCGGGCGCUGCUGACCUGGUGCUACCUGCAGCUGGGGGCGACGGGGGCCGGCACCGCGGCCGCCCCCACCUUCGUCGUCUACUGCCUCUGCCGGUUCCUGACGGGCCUGGCCAUGGCCGGGGUCUCCCUCAACUCCGCCUCCCUCUGCAUGGAGUGGAUCCCGACGGAAGCGCGCGCCGUGGUGGGCACCGUCAACGGCUACUGCUACACCUUGGGGCAGUUCGUCCUGGCGGCCGUGGCCUUCGGCCUCCCUCACUGGCGCUGGCUCCAGCUCGUCGUCUCCCUCCCCUUCUUCCUCUUCUUCCUCUACUCCUGGCUGUUCGUCGAGUCGGCCCGCUGGCAAGUGAUUUCGGGGCGACCGGACCUGGCCCUCAAGGGGCUCCGCAAGGUCGCCCGCGUCAACGGGAGGAAGGAGGAGGGGGACAAACUCAGCGAGGAGAUCCCCCUUUUGGGGGCCAAAUCCACCUUUGGGGGGUUCUCCACCAGCUUCGCCUACUACGGGCUGGCCAUGGAUCUGCAGGGCUUCGGGGUGGACAUCUACCUGAGCCAGCUGGUCUUCGGGGCUGUGGACAUCCCGGCCAAGCUGGCCUCGGUGCUGGCCAUCAGCUGCGUGGGCCGGAGGGUGGCCCAGGGCGGCUCCUUGGCGCUCGCCGGCAUCUGCAUCCUCGCCAACAUCGUUGUGCCGAUGGAGCUGCAGCCGCUGCGCAUGGCCUUCGCGGUGAUCGGGAAGGGCUCCUUGGCCGCCUCCUUCAACUGUGCCUACAUCUUCUCCGGAGAGCUCUUCCCCACCGUCAUCAGGCAGACGGGGAUGGGCCUGGGGGGCACCAUGGCCCGCGUGGGGGGCAUGGUAGCCCCGCUGGUGCGCAUGGCAGCUGACGUCACCCCGGUGCUGCCCCUCGUCAUCUACGGGGCCGCCCCCAUCAUCUCGGCCAUCGCCACCUGCUUCCUGCCCGAGACCCGCAACGCGCCCCUGCCCGAGACCGUCAGGGACGUCGAGAGACGGUGA